GUGAACACUAUUAUUUAAAUUUUCAAUUGUGGCUGUGCCAUUUAGGACAAUAUUGCAUAUCAGGUGUUCACUCCAUGAAAUGUAUUUCAACCUUACAAUGAAACAAACAAAUACCAUAUAUUUAUAAUACCGUAGUACUGUUGAAUAAAUCCAACUAAUCAACUUUGUAGCAAGACAACCAGAUUUUACUUCUACAUGGAGUUAGAAGCUCUAGAUAGAUGUUUAUGUUUUCAAUUUCUCAAGCAAACCUGAUAAUAAGACCAACCUGAUACCCCGACCAUAUGAGGUCACAUUAUUAUCUGUUAUCCUCUUUAACAUUUUUCCUACUAAUCUGUUGAUUUUACUUCUUUGUUUCCAUAGUGACCAUAACUACGGUCCUGUUUUCAAACAAAAUAGCAAAUUUCCAUUCAAGGUUUCCUUUACCUUAAAACAUCUUACAUACUUAGUCUAGUACUAUUAAAGUUUUUAUAGGAUUUGCUUUUUGUCAACAGAUGGACAGACAGGCAGACAGACAAACAUCCAGACAGAGGAGUGCAUGGCAAUGUUACUAUCAAGGGACAGAACUUCAGCACACACUCAACAUGUGUAAUUAGACUACUUCCCCUGAUGACCUAAAAGCCAGAAAGGGAAUUACCCCCAAAAAAUCCAAAUAUUAAAAGAGAAAAUACUGUUAAAUAUUCAGAAGAAAACUUUAUACUAUACAUUCUACAGAAUGUAUCGUAUUCCUGACUAUCAAACCAACCUGUCUCUGAGACUGUCAGAGGUCCUUGAUGAUAUUGGAGUUAAUGAGAGAACUUUGCUUAAGAUGAGAAGGUCAGCCUUACUGCAGGAAACUAUGCAGACAAUUACAGAGAGGUCUAAAUGCAAUAAAAGGCUUUCAGUUCACAUGUUUGGCAGCAGUUCCGAGGGCACAACAACAGUAGGACUUCAUUCAGAUAAAGACUAUCUAUUAUGUAAACAUGAUAAUAAUGUGAUAAUGGACUAUGCAGAAUGGGAACCUGGCUUUACCAAUCUACUGAUGAUCCAGGAUAAUACUACAUCACCAGGUUACUGUCUUCUACAACAGCUCAGAGAUGAUGUACCUCUUCCUGCUGCACAUGUUCUAGAUAAGAACCAUGUCAGAGAUGCAAGUGGAAGGGUGUUGCUAAAGAAUACUUUAUUUAGAGAUAUUAUGCCUGCAGGUGGUGUAUAUCAUGGUCCAUCAUGGGCUAGACAGGGAGGACCUGGAAUUAAAGACACUGACGUUGUUCCUGCCUUCCAUGGUAAUUCAUGGCCAUAUGAAGCAAGAGCCUGGUUAGACAGGCAAGGAAUAGGAAACUGGCCCACUGCAGACAUGAAGAGAUUUGCAGUAAAUAAUGGAUGUUUUGUUGUUCCUGUUGCAAGUAAAGUCAGCCAGAAUCCAGAGCUUGAAUGGAGAAUUUCUACUUCACAAGCAGAGAGAUGUUUAAUGUUUAGUUUAAACAUUACACAAAUACGCUGUUAUGUAUUAAUGAAAAUGAUUUUAAAAACAUUUCUUCAUCAUGCAGGUGAAAGUCACAUUACAAGUUUUAUGUGUAAAACAAUUUUGUUACAUUGUAUUGAAAACACACAUUCAAAUGCAUGGCAGGAAAAUAAUUUAUUUACAUGUUUAUCAUGUUGUUUACAUGUACUAUACAAAUGUUUACAACAGGAGAACUGCCCACAUUUCAUUACACCCAGAAACAACUUGAUGGCAGGACAGUUUUCACCUGAAGUCAAAGCGCUGUUGAUAGAAAGAAUGUUUCACCUAAUACAAAGUGAAGGUCAAGCAUUGCUUGAGGUUCAGAUUGAUGACCUUGGUCAAAGACUGCAGAUCAAACUGAACAUGUUAGAUCCGAUAGCAGAAAAUAUUCCUUCAAAAAAGGAAAACUGUCUCAUCAUUUCAGGAGGAUUAUUACGCGAAACAGCUCGGAUAAUCACUAGGUGUAGUAGUAAAAUGUUAUUAGCAACAAUUCAAAACAGUCCUGUAACAACCGUACAGAACCUGCUCAAUGUAUUAGAAAAUUAUCAGAGAUGUUAUAGAGAAGGAAGUAAGUUAGAACAGAGAGCAAGCAGUCUUAUAGCACCACAGGUCUGCUCAACAUUGGGAACUGUAAUAGCCUCCAUAAAUAUUCAGACAAACAACACCAUACCUCCAGAAGCACUGACCUGGUUAUCUGCAGGCCUGAAUUCUGAUGCUGCUUCUGGAAGACUGAAACUUGCAUCUGUUCUAUACAGUGUGGGGUAUAUGGUAGAAACCGAAUUAACUUUAGGAGAUAUAGUGAGACGUUAUGGCUUUAAUAAUGUUGAACCAAUAUGUGAAUGCUAUACAUUCCCAGUACCUACAGUAUUGAAAAGGUUUCAAGAACUUGCAUAUCAUCAAAAUGAGAAGGCUGUUAGAAGUGUCUGUGCAUUUUGUGUCAGAUUUACUCCUGCUGAGAUUCAUUGUGUUCCACAGGAACUGCAGUAUGAAAUGUUCCGAUCAACUCAAGAUGACUUGCUGUAUAGAGAACUUACGGACUACUGGAUGGAUUGGGCAGUGGUAGAUUCCCUCCCUUACCUCUAUUUCCUACAAUACAAGACCUACAGACACCUUCAGAGGUUUGAUGAUCAGCAUCAAGCACUGGCUAAACUUGCUAGAACAAUUGAAACCACGAGAAACCUUGGUCACAGGGAAACAGCACUGAAUCUACUUGGACAGUGCUGGGAACAGGAGAACCAACCUAACAAAGCUUUACUCUGCUACAUGAUGUCACUGAAGGUUAGAGAAAGAAAUAAUGCAGCAAGAUUCCACAUCUGCAGACUUUUAGCAAACUUCAUUUGAUCUAUAUCAUAAGCCUAAUAUUUUACAACAGUAUAAAAAGAUAACUUUGACAAACCAAAUAAAAUCUGUAUAUACCAUAAACUUCUGCCCUUUUUUGUAAGGCAGUUGUCAUUUUCAAUGAAGUAUCAUUUUCAAUUAACAAUGUAAUCGUAUACUUUAGUCUGUAUCAGUCUCUUAAUAGAUCCCCAACAAUGGUCUUCAAGGUUGGUCUGUGGUCAUCACAUAUUUUCUUCAUACUUCUUAAAUCGGGAGUGAUAGCAUUGUGUCAUUUGUGAUAUAGAAUUAAGCUAGAAUCAAGCCUAUGGUAACAUAAAUCAUGGCAUAAAAAUGACAAUAUAUGUAUAUAUGUUAACAUGGUGACUUGAUUGCUUCAUCAAUAAAUAUUAAAAUUUUAUAGAUAUAACAACUAAUGUGACUGUUACAUGCCCUCGAUAUGACUUGUUUAAUAAGUGACAAGGUUUUAUAAAAAGGUGAAAAAUAACAAGAAGUGGACUUUGGUUCCAGCAUUUGAAAUUGUCCAUUAGCCAUUUAAAUCAAUUGUUCAAGGAGAAAAUAUCUGAUUGUAGGACUGAAAGUGUUUCAAAUCAUCUUAAUAAAGAGUAAAAAACAAACACUGACAGAACUGUAAUGAUUUUUUUUUUCAGAUAAAGGGAUUAAAUGUUAUAUAUCUUAGAAACAAGUUUGGUGACUAUUUUUUAAAUUUUUCUUAUGAUAUCAUAAUUAUAUAUUUUCAUGUACACUUUUAACAAGAAAAGACAAAUCUCAAAACUAAAGCUGUCACAGGAAUGACGAAUUAUACCCCAACAAUACGGUCACUGCCAAGAGAAUUAUAUUUGCAAUAGUGCUAAUGUUAAUAAAAGUUCUUACAAAAUGUUUAAUAUGAUGUUUAAUGACUUUUGAGUGUUGUGUUAGACAGCUAUUUCAAAGUUUGAAUAACAUUUAGUGUUCUUUAACCUAUGAUAGUUUUGACUGCCACAGUUGUUGAGCUAUACCGCGAAAUUAGUGAUGUGACCUAACAUGAUGACAAUGGCUAACUAUAACUGUUUGAAGUAUACAUGGUUGUUUCUUGGAUGAUAUCUGAUUAAUUUAUUCACAGUUCUUAAUGCAUAUGACAUGAAAUAUUGUGGUAAAUACAAGAAAUACUUUGUUGUGUUUGUUUUUGUUUGAUGUUAAGUUAAAUGUCAAGUGCCGCGACAAUACAGAUGAAUGGUAAAAUGAUAUUUUGUUGAAAAUAAACCACUUUUUAUAACAAAUAUUUCAAGGUUUCUAUUCUUAUUAUGUAAUAGGUAUAUAAUGAACAUCAUAUUUUUGUAUUAUUUGUUUGCAUACAUCAGCGGAAAAUAAAGUAUGUAUUUCUUG